GGCAGCCAUCUUGACUCCUUGGACCCUCUCCCCCCUCCCCAGAGAUGUGAAGGAGAAGCAGGUCGGGGGGCUACGGUUCCUGUGGGGAAUUUGGGGACCUCAGCACAGCAAAGAUGCUUGGUUUGCCGGCCCGGCCUUGGUUUUAUAAUAACUCUGCGCACCCGGAGAAGAAGGAGAGGCGGGAUUGGAAUCGCUGGCUCGACAAUAUCCUAAGCAACCAGCGGGAGAGGAUUGCGAAGGAGUUGGACGUAGGGAAAGUGCUGUCCCCUCUGGUUGGCAAGGAGGUCCUUUCCUGGGAGGAAUACCGGGACGUGAUCUCCUGCGAGGAGCCGGCGGCCUCGUUGCUGGAGACGCUCAGCUGCAAAGGUCCCGGGGCCUUGGCCGCCUUCUGCUCCGUCCUAGAGGAGGUCUGCCCUCACUGGCUGCUCUCCCUUCUCCUUGACGCUCAAGGUGGCCCCUCCCAGACUUCCUUGGAGGACACGCCCGAGAGCUUCAAAAUGAGAAGAGCUUCAGAAGUUGACAACCACGAUCCCAGCGAAACCAGCGAUGUGGAAGGAAACUCUUUCCUGGAGGACCCGUUAAACCAUCCCUUCACCAAACACAGGGUCACCCCCUCUUCCGAAAACCCCAGUGGUUCGAACUGUAGCAUCAGCCAGGGGAAGCCGUCCUUAAGAAGGAUAAAAGGCCGCAUCCAUCGGAGCAAAAGUCUUGACAGCCUCGAUUUCUGUGAGUUCAAUAGCACAACAAUGGAAGAAACCGCCAUAUGGGAACAACACACGGUGACACUUCACAGGGCGCCUGGGUUCGGCUUCGGCAUCGCAAUAUCCGGUGGGAGAGACAACCCUCACUUCCAGAGCGGUGAGACCUCCAUUGUCAUAUCAGAUGUGCUCAAAGGAGGCCCGGCGGAAGGGCUGUUGCAGGAGAAUGACCGUGUCGCGAUGGUUAACGGCGUUUCCAUGGAUAACGUGGAACACGCUUUCGCCGUCCAGCAGUUGAGGAAAAGUGGGAAAAAUGCCAAAAUUACCAUCCGAAGAAUGAAGAAAGUCCAUAUCCCAGUGACUCGGACGGAUCCUGACCCCGUCUCUGAAAACGACGAGGACAGCUACGAGGAGGAACUGCAUGACCCCCGAGGUCCCCACGGUGCUACAAGCAGAAGGCACGAGAAAAGUUGGACGAGGGAUCGCAGCGCAAGUCGAGAAAGGAGCGUGUCGCCUAGGUCGGACCGGAGAUCCAUGGCCUCCAGCCAACCCGCCAAACCCACGAAGGUCACGUUGGUGAAAUCGCGGAAGAACGAAGAAUACGGGUUGCGCCUGGCCAGCCACAUCUUUGUGAAAGAAAUUUCUCAAGACAGUUUGGCAGCCAAAGAUGGCAACAUCCAGGAAGGAGAUGUUGUGCUGAAGAUCAACGGGACUGUCACGGAAAAUAUGUCCUUGACAGACGCCAAAACCCUGAUAGAGAGGUCAAAGGGCAAGUUGAAAAUGGUGGUCCAGAGGGAUGAAAGAGCCACUUUGUUGAACAUCCCAGAUCUUUCCGACAGCAUCCACUCAGCCAAUGCUUCAGAAAGAGACGACAUUUCAGAAAUUCAGUCGCUGGCAUCUGAUCAUUCCAACCGAUCCCAUGACAGGCCCCGCCGCAGUCGUUCACGAUCUCCUGACCAGAGGUCAGAACAUUCUCCACAGCAGCCCAACAAUGGCAGUCACCGGAGUAGAGAUGACGAAAGAAUAAGCAAGCCGGGAGCCGUUUCCACGCCCGUGAAGAACGCGGAGGAAACGUCUCUAGCCAAAGCCGUAGAAGAAUCCGUAGCAGAGAAAAAUGACAAACAGACUCCGCCACUUCCCGAACCGAAGCCCGUCUAUGCACAGGCUGGACAGCCCGACGUGGACUUACCCGUUAGUCCCACCGACGGCCCCCUACCCAACUCAACGCACGAAGACGGGAUGCUUCGGCCAAGCAUGAAGCUCGUGAAAUUCAAGAAGGGCGACAGCGUUGGCUUGAGAUUGGCGGGCGGCAACGACGUUGGCAUAUUUGUGGCCGGUGUUUUGGAGGACAGCCCCGCGGCCAAGGAAGGCUUGGAAGAAGGCGAUCAGAUUCUCAGGGUAAACAACGUCGACUUCACCAACAUCAUCCGGGAAGAAGCCGUUCUCUUCUUGCUCGACCUUCCCAAAGGAGAAGAAGUCACCAUCUUGGCACAGAAGAAGAAAGACGUUUAUCGGCGCAUCGUGGAAUCCGACGUGGGAGAUUCGUUCUACAUCCGGACCCACUUUGAGUACGAGAAGGAGUCUCCUUACGGGCUGAGCUUCAACAAAGGGGAAGUUUUCCGCGUGGUGGACACCCUGUACAACGGCAAGCUGGGCUCCUGGUUGGCGAUCCGGAUCGGCAAGAAUCACAAGGAAGUGGAAAGAGGCAUCAUCCCCAACAAAAACAGAGCCGAACAGCUGGCCAGUGUCCAGUACACCCUUCCAAAGACCGCCGGGGGGGAUCGGGCGGAUUUCUGGAGAUUCCGAGGUCUGCGCAGCUCCAAGCGAAACCUGAGGAAAAGCCGAGAAGAUCUGUCUGCCCAACCAGUCCAGACCAAGUUUCCUGCCUACGAGAGGGUGGUCCUCCGAGAAGCUGGAUUUCUCAGGCCGGUGACCAUCUUUGGGCCGAUUGCCGACGUUGCCCGGGAGAAGCUGGCUCGCGAGGAGCCCGACAUCUAUCAGAUUGCCAAAAGUGAGCCCAGGGAUGCUGGAACCGACCAGCGAAGCUCGGGUAUCAUUCGCCUUCACACAAUCAAACAGAUAAUCGACAGAGACAAACAUGCCCUCUUAGAUGUCACCCCAAAUGCAGUGGACCGCCUAAAUUACGCCCAGUGGUAUCCCAUUGUGGUGUUUUUGAACCCGGACUCCAAGCAGGGGGUAAAGACCAUGAGGACGAGACUCUGUCCAGAAUCCCGGAAGAGUGCCCGGAAAUUGUAUGAGAGGGCUCACAAGUUGCGCAAAAACAACCAUCACCUCUUUACGGCUACCAUUAACUUGAAUUCCUUGAAUGACGGAUGGUAUGGAGCCCUCAAGGAAGCGAUUCAACAGCAACAAAAUCAGCUCGUUUGGGUGUCAGAAGGAAAGGCAGAUGGUACUACAAGUGAUGACCUUGAUCUACAUGAUGACCGGCUCUCCUACCUGUCGGCUCCAGGUAGCGAGUACUCCAUGUACAGCACCGACAGCCGGCACACCUCCGACUACGAGGACACGGAUACGGAAGGUGGAGCCUACACAGACCAAGAGCUGGACGAGACACUCAACGACGAGGUUGGGACGCCCCCGGAAUCCGCCAUUACGCGCUCCUCUGAACCCGUAAGAGAAGAAGCGCCGGGGGUCCAUCCAGAGAGCCAAAGCUUUCCUCCGUACGGGUCCCAAGGCCAGGCACAGCCAAACCACAGGAUUGAUUCUCCGGGUUUUAAAAACAAUACUGCUCAACCGAAAGCAGAGGCUUCUUCACCCCCCUACCUUUCCCCGUCGCCUGAAACGGGGGGCCCGGCCUCUUCGAUGCCCGCCGCUAACCCCUGCGUAAGCCUCCCCAAUGUCAGGCUGGAGGAAGCCGGCGCACCCCCUUACAACUCGUACCAGCCACAAGCGGGGCCCCUAAGGAUGGCCGGCCCCGAGGCACCCCACAUAGUGCUCAGAGACCCGGAGAUGCCUUCCUUACCGCCGCACCUAGAUUCAACCAAGAUGUACCGGAAAGAGCCCUUCGUCAACGAGGACCUCCCUCGUCAGAACUUUGCCUUGAAGCAGCCAGGACAGAGACAAGAGAAGGACCCGAAUCUGACCUACGAACUGCAGGGUCCCUACCCGGAGAAGCCGGCCAACCGGGAUUACGAGCCCCUGGCGUACCGCUACGACUCCUCCAACUACGUGGACCCGUUCCCCCACGGCUACGACCCUCGCCUGCCCUACGACGAGCGGGUGCCCCCUUACGAAGACCACUGGAUGUACUACGAGGAGAAGCAGCCCUACCAGCCUCGGACGCCGUACGAGAGCCAGCCACCCCGGGAUUUCGACCCUCGGGCCAACGCCGAAGAGAGCGCGGCACGCAGCGGCUACUACGCGGGCCAGCCUCACUUCGAAGAUGCGCCUCCCGUGGCCUACGACAGCCGGCCCCACUACGAGCCCGGCCCCAAAGCCUUCAACCUCUCCCAGCUGAGGUACGAGGAGCCGCCUCCCCCUGGCUACGAAGUCCACGGGAGGUACAAGUCGGAGCCCCAGCCGUACUCAGCCACAGUGCCCCGCUCGCCCGAGCCGAAGCAUUACUACGAGUCGCAACCGCGAGGCUACGAGCAAGCGCCCCCGCCGGGCUUCAGCACCAAAGCAGCCCCCUACGAUGCGUCCCUCGGCAGCGGGGGUGCACACCCGGCCCUCCCUCCCCAGGGCAAGCCCGAAGCCAUGCCUUGCAACAGUAAAGCACUGCCCACCCCACCCACCGAGGAGGAGGACGACCCGGCCAUGAAGCCCCAGUCAGUGCUCACCCGGGUGAAGAUGUUUGAGAACAAGCGCUCCUCCUCGUUGGAAAAGAUCAAGGACUCGAACGAUGUCUCGGCGGUGAAGCAUCCUCCGGAACUUGCACCUAAGCCAAACGUGGCCCCGCUGACCGGCCCCAAAUCAGCCUCUCAAAACCCGAGCGACAAAUCAGCUUACAGAGCCCCUGAACCGCAGAGACCUCAAGCCAAGCCUCCCGAGGACAUCGUCCGAGCCAACCACUAUGACCCGGAAGAAGAUGAGGAGUAUUACCGCAAGCAGCUCUCCUAUUUCGACCGCCGGAACUACGAUGGCAAGCCCGCCACCCAAGUCCCCAGCAGCCAUCACGCGGAGCAAGGAAAAGCCGCUCACAAUCAGCUGAACUACACCAAUUACUCCUCCAAGGGGAAGUCAAUAGAUGUGGAGCCCUUAGAGAGGGGACUUGGAGACAAGCGCUAUGAGCCCCCUCCUCAAGUAACUCCCCCGCUGCCCUCCGUCCAGUAUACCCAACCUCAGUCCAUCAAUAACCCCAUCGUGUCUCUUCAACCCAAGUCGGUCCUGGCUGACGACUUCCAGAAUUCCCCCCUGUCCAAACCGGAGCUGCCUCCACCUCAGAACAAACCAGCGGCUUUCAGAUCUUCCAGCCGAGAAGACACGGUGCAGGCAACUUAUUACCCCCAGAAGAGCUUCCCCGACAAAGGACCCAUCAACGGGAUCGAACAGCUCCCCAAAACCACCACCCCUGCCUACAACCGCUUCACCGCCUCUUCCAAACCUUACACCAGCGCGGCCCGGCCCUUCGAGCGCAAGUUUGAGAGCCCCAAGUUCAACCACAACCUCUUGCCAGAGGAGACGCUCCCGAAGCUCUCUGAGAUACCUUCAGCCAAGCCUCAACCUUCUCCCCAGCCCCUUCUGAAAGCACACGGCUCCGCUCAGCCCGAGUUCGAGAGCAACCUGGAGAGCUUCUCUGGCCAGGGAGACAAACUCAAGUACCAACCAAAUAACAUCAGUGCCGUGCCGAAGGCCAUCCCCGUCAGUCCUUCUGCUUUGGAAGAUGACGAGGAAGAGGAAGGCCACACGGUCAUCGCCACCGCGAGGGGCGUUUUUAACAGCAACGGGGGUGUCCUCAGCUCCAUAGAGACUGGCGUCAGCAUAAUCAUCCCGCAAGGAGCCAUCCCGGAAGGAAUAGAACAGGAGAUAUAUUUUAAGGUCUGCCGGGAUAACAGUAUCCUUCCACCUCUAGACAAAGAGAAAGGCGAGACGCUCCUGAGCCCCCUGGUGAUGUGCGGGCCACACGGACUCAAAUUCCUGAAGCCCGUCGAGCUGCGUUUGCCACAUUGUGCGUCUAUGACUCCUGAUGGUUGGUCUUUUGCUCUAAAAUCCUCCGACUCCUCGUCGGGUGACCCCAAAACUUGGCAGAACAAGUCUCUUCCCGGAGAUCCCAAUUAUCUUGUUGGAGCCAAUUGUGUGUCAGUUCUAAUAGAUCACUUCUAACCCUUUUUAACCUUAGUGAGUGGAUCUUGAGUGCGGAGAAAAAAAACAAAACAAGAUUUUUUUUUAAAAAAAAAAAAGAAAAAAUCAGACCAAAAACGAAAUAACAAAACCAACCACCUGCAUAGAAACUGAACCACUGUUUUUCCUCAAGUAUUAACCGUUCUCCUAGUAUUAAGCAAUCUCUGGUUUGACUAACCACAGCUUAGUCAGAACGUUCUUGAACCGUGAUCAGGGUACAUGCCUUUGCAGCAACUAAACCGGUCAGCGGGGGCCACGCCACGUCCUGGCGGCCAAGCCCCUCACCUUCCUUAAAACGGGACACUUUUAACGCAUCGUAGCUUAAAACCUUAAAACUACCACCGAAGCAAUGCAAUUUAGUGUUUCUUCCCCAUCCUCCUCCUCCUCCUCCCCACAGAGGUUCAUAAUUGACUGUUGAAUUAGUGGGGGGUGACCUCCCCCCCAUCCCCCCCUCCUUUUGUUGUUGUGUUCCUUUUAUUUGGUCUCUUGUUAAAAGUUUUCACCUCCUUUUUGUUUCUUUUCUUAAUUUAAAACACCGGACACCUCGGAGCAUCCUUAGAAAUAUGCAAAGAUGACAUCCAUUCCUUCGUUCUCGUUUUUUUGGGGGAACCCAGCAACCUGAGAGUGAGGGGUUUCCCCCCCCCCCCACCCCACCCCUUCCUCUGUGUUUUUGCCCUUUGGAGGACAAAAAAAGAUGAUUUUGCUAGCACAAUAGUGGGAAAUUUGUCCUUCCUUUGUCCAGGAUUACUUUACCUGUCAAGUUCACCUGUUUGUGUGAAAAAAAACCACCUCUUUCCCACGGCUCCGAGAAAGAGAAAACGCACGGGGGGCAAGGGGGUUUGUCUCUGGUUCAUGUGCCUCUCUCAAUUCACCACAUCUGUGACAGACAUACUUAGCGGUGUUGCCUUAUCCUCCUGCUUUUAACGUAGUUUCCAUCCUCAUCGUAGCUCACCGUACUACUACUACCACUACUCCUACAUUGGUAGGGCUUCCGUACUGACCUAAGAGAAAUUACCACUUGGGGGGCUGGGGGUGUGUGUGUGUGUGGAGAGAUGGGUGGUUUGAGGGUCACCAGAAGAGAGUUAGUGACAUCCUGGGUUUUGCAUUGUUUAAAGCCGAGGGGAAUUCUGGAGAACAUAACGAUGGUAAUAUUUUCCUUUCUUUUUUUUAUUUUUCUUUCUUUUCUUUUUUAUUAUUAAUUUUCAUUUCGUUUCCUGCUGUGCAUUUUGGGGGGAAAAAUUUAUAGAUAUUCUAGAUUGCUUGUAUAUAAAAAAAACUUGUGCGUACCACUUUUGUUCUUGGUUUGUAAAUUAACUUUUAUAAGCUUUACCUUUUUAUAUAUAUAUAUAAUAUAUAUACGAGGAUAUGUAUUAUAUAUAUAUAGAUAUAUAUAUAUAUAUAAUACAAAACGGAAGUUUCUUAAUAUCUUUGUAUUCUCAGACCUUUUGAGCCUUGAACUUUGAAAUCCGGCAGCAAUAAAGCAGCAUUUCUACCGUACAUGAGAACAAGGACUUUUUUAAAAUAUAUAAAUAUAUAUAUAUAUAUAAACAAAACAAACAAAACCUGAAAAUGCACAAAGUUGUUACCUUUUUAAAGUGCUGCAUUUAAAGACUAACUUGGAAUUCUCUAGUUUGAUUAUCUUCUUGGGGAAAAGAAAAAGAGAAAAAAG